AUCUCAGUCAGGAGUAUAGUGGGUUUCAUAGAGUCCUUCUCCAUGUACCAGGCCUUACAGAGGGCGGAGCCUGAUGUUGCCAACGCACUGCUGCAGAGAACACACGACAGGUAACAACCCUGGUCAAUGACUGAAUUUAUGAAUGAAUGUAUUUAUGAAAGAAUGAAUGAAUUUAUGAAUGAAUGAAUGGAUUUAGGAAUGAAUUCAUGAAUCAAUCAAUCAAUUUAUGAAUAAAUGAAUUUAUGAAUGAAUGAAUGAAAGAAUGAAUGAGCGAAUGAAUGAACAAACGAAUGAAUGAACGAAUAAACAAAUUAAUUAAUUAUUUUAUUUUAUUUUCAUGCAUGCCACUUUUAUCAAAUAUGUUGAUGUAAUAUGGUUGCAGAUUUCUGAAGGAGAUGGGAGUCACGUCACCUGACACAUCCAUGGACGUGACAAUGGAGUAUUUCUGUGUCCUGGCAUCUAAACCGGAGUAAUCACUCUUUACAGUGUGAUUGUGUUUGUGUGGAGACAGAUGUGUGUCAGCGGUCCUAAGAUAUGUUAGUUCAAGCUGAAUCCUCUUCAAGCUGUUGUUAAUAGAGCAAUGACUCUGUUUGCAUAAGAUGUCAUGGAAGUCCCCUUUGUUUUGUACAUUAUAAUGUAGAGCAAACUAUUCACCUUAUUCUAUAGUCAUAUCAUUAUGAAAAUGGUAGCCAAAUGUAUCUCUUCCUUGCCAGAAACGUACAAUAAAACAUUUAAAACUUUUUUAUAUUAUCAAACUUCAAAAACUUGUCUGGAUUUUCUGUUGCUUUCUUUUCAAUAUGGAGUGCAUGGGUUCAAUCAAAUGUAUCAUAUUAUACCAACAGGGUGACAUACAUAGCUGAGAGAACUCUGGUCGAAUCUUGGACCAGUCCUUGACGGUUUAUUAACUCUCUGUAAGGUGUAGUGGUAAACCUAGGUACAAAGCCUAUUGUUGUCUAGCUAUGGCACAGUGAACCCCAGGCCGAAUACAGCAUGUCUUAAUGAUGUUAUGCUAUACAUAAUGAUGUGUUAUUGCAGUAACAGCCGGGGGGAAAUUUAGAGAGAGGUCUGAAUGUACAACAUGAUCUGAAUAAGUAGGAAGACUGGCUUUUAUGUCUUUUCCCUCCUCAAUCAUCAUUGAAAAGCCACCUCAUUGGCUAACAAGAUUCUGAUACCUCCCCCAUUCCAUCUCCACAGGACUUCUUAUUGGUUCUGACACCCCACACAGCUCUCUGUGACCCCAUGUAACCCUGGCCCCCUUCUUAAAAGGCCUCAUUACUAAACAACCCACAUUCCCAUGAAUCCACUGCAACGCCCCUUCCUCUCUCUAUCCAGGGGCCUCUCUCAUACAUGCCUGGCCUAACACGUAGUGGUUUCCCUGGAACUGGACCUGUGAAGUAAGGGAAUCUCCUGCGGUGAGUGUGUUAGUGUGUGUCUGUGAGUUUAUGUGUGUGUGUGUGAUCACGUUUGUUUAUGUAGCCACCACACACCACAGUGAGAAGGAGUAACCUGGUCUCAGAGCAUUUCGUAUUAUUCUGUACGUAAAUCCGAGACACUCCAUCUAGUAUGAUAUGUUAUGUUUCGCAUGAUCUGUAUUAAUUUGUGGAUGUCCAUCAUCCAUUUCAUAUGAUAUGUUACGAAUUACAAUUUGUUGUUGCUAACGUUGGCUAGGCUAAGGGUUAAGGUUAGGAGUUAGGUUAAAGGGUUAGGGGAAGGGUUAGCUAACAGGGUUUGCCUUAAGUAAACUUCUGUCUUAUGUAACCAUACCAAACAUUACAUAUCACAAUAAUUUGAGUGUCUCUGAUUUAAUAUUACUAUGUUAUGUCUAGUCUGUGAGACCAGGCUGGAAGGAGAGCUUGCCUGAGUUUUAGUAAAAGCCUUCUGAAAAGCAGGUAUCUUUCUGAGCAGAAGAGAACAUUUCUAUUCCUGUUGUUUUCUGCUGUAGUACAGCUCAGUGGCAUGGCCCAUCGUCUGUUUGAAGGUAGGGAGCAUGCUACCUCCUACUGGAGGUACAGGGUCUCUCCCUCGGCUCAGCUCAUUGAAGAAGUCAUGUCCUUCCUAAAGAAAAAGGUAGGAGUGACAUACAUGUUUCGCAGAAUACAAAGACUAUUUGUUUGUUCUUAUUUUGACAUCAUGCAUCAUGCAAUAUGUAUGCGUUCAAAUUAUAUAGUUACAGUCUGUGGAUGUAAUAGUAUUGAAUAAUUAAAUUACAGAAUUAUAUUGCUGCAUGUUUUAUUCCUGCUUUUCAAUGUUUUGCAAAUAAACUGAAGGUAAAUUGACAUCCUCCUGCCUUAAAAAAGAUUCACAUAUACUAAUGAUGUCUGAUACCUACACUUCCGUUCAAAGGUUUGGGGUCACUUAGAAAUGUCCUUGUUUUCGAAAGAAAAGCAAUUUUAAUGUAUUUGUCCUCUUGCUCAGUUGUGCACCGGGGCCUCCCACUCCUCUUUCUAUUCCGGUUAGAGACAGUCUGCGCUGUUCUGUGAAGGGAGUAGUACACAGCGUUGUACGAGAUCUUCAGUUUCUUCGCAAUUUCUCACAUGGAAUAGCCUUCAUUUCUCAGAACAAGAAUAGACUGACGAGUUUCAGAAGAAAGUUAUUUGGCCAUUUUGAGCCUGUAAUCGAACCCACAAUUGCUGAUGCUCCAGAUACUCAACUAGUCUCAAGAAGGCCAGUUUUAUUGCUUCUUUAAUCAGCACAACAGUUUUCAGCUGUGCUAACAUAAUUGCAAAAGGGUUUUCUAAUGAUCAAUUAGCCUUUUUAAAAUGAUAAACUUGGAUUAGCAAACACAACGUGCCAUUGGAACACAGGACUGAUGGUUUCUGAUAAUGGGCCUCUGUACACCUAUGUAGAUAUUCCAUAAAAAAUCAGCCGUUUCCAGCUACAAUAGCCAUUUACAACAUUAACACAGUAUUUCUGAUCAAUUUGAUGUUAUUUUAAUGGACAAACAAAUUGCUUUUCUUUUGAAAACAAGGACAUUUCUAAGUGACCCCAAUCUUUUGAACGGUAGUGUAUGUGUGAUGAUCAUGUCCUGUCCUGACAGAGGGGCGUGCAGCCCUGUGACCUGGCAGUAGACGUAGGCUGUGGAUCGGGUCAAGGAACUGUGCUCCUGGCCCCUCACUUCUCCUCGGUGGUGGGGACCGACGUCAGCCCUGCCCAGCUGGAGGUGGCCCUGGACCACGCCACCGCCCCUAACAUCUCCUAUAGGUCAGAGCCACCGCCCCUAACAUCUCCUAUAGGUCAGAGCCACCGCCCCUAACAUCUCCUAUAGGUCAGAGCCACCGCGCCUAACAUCUCCUAUAGGUCAGAGCCACCGCCCCUAACAUCUCCUAUAGGUCAGAGCCACCGCCCCUAACAUCUCCUAUAGGUCAGAGCCACCGCCCCUAACAUCUCCUAUAGGUCAGAGCCACCGCCCCUAACAUCUCCUAUAGGUCAGAGCCACCGCCCCUAACAUCUCCUAUAGGUCAGAGCCACCGCCCCUAACAUCUCCUAUAGGUCAGAGCCACCGCCCCUAACAUCUCCUAUAGGUCAGAGCCACCGCCCCUAACAUCUCCUAUAGGUCAGAGCCACCGCCCCUAACAUCUCCUAUAGGUCAGAGCCAUCGCCCCUAACAUCUCCUAUAGGUCAGAGCCACCGCCCCUAACAUCUCCUAUAGGUCAGAGCCACCGCGCCUAACAUCUCCUAUAGGUCAGAGCCACCGCCCCUAACAUCUCCUAUAGGUCAGAGCCACCGCCCCUAACAUCUCCUAUAGGUCAGAGCCACCGCCCCUAACAUCUCCUAUAGGUCAGAGCCACCGCCCCUAACAUCUCCUAUAGGUCAGAGCCACCGCCCCUAACAUCUCCUAUAGGUCAGAGCCACCGCCCCUAACAUCUCCUAUAGGUCAGAGCGACCGCCCCUAACAUCUCCUAUAGGUCAGAGCCACCGCCCCUAUCAUCUCCUAUAGGUCAGAGCCACCGCCCCUAUCAUCUCCUAUAGGUCAGAGCCACCGCCCCUAACAUAUCCUAUAGGUCAGAGCCACCGCCCCUAACAUCUCCUAUAGGUCAGAGCCACCGCCCCAGAGAGGUGGAGGUCUUCAGGAGGAGGAUAGGGUUGUAUUUUGUUUUACUGACACCGACACUGACACUGAUUCAAACCCUGUUUACAUUACUGUGACAGAAUGAGUUUUGGUAGAAGUAGGCCUACUGUAGAGGGUAGAUGUUACGUACAGAUUUAUUUAUUUCUGGGACAUUUCUCUGAGACCUCAGAAGAGUCCUGGUAUAAUGAAGAUUAUAAACUGGGUGGUUCGAGCCAUGAAUGCUGAUUGGCUGACACCCGUGGUAUAUCAGACCGUAUACCACGGGUAUGACAAAACAUAAAUGUUUACUGCUCAAUUCCGUUGGUAACCAGUUUAUAAUAGCAACAAGGCACCUCGGGGGUUUGUGGUAUAUGGCCAAUAUAAAACAGCCCUUAACCACAGUGUGAUGGGAGAAGGAACUGUAGGGUUAAAGUCCUUUGUUGAGGGGGACACAGUGAAAUUAGGCCAACGGCCAAGACCGACAAUGGGACCCUUGUCUGCUCAAACUCUAGUGAGAAAACAUAAAAGCUACAGCUACUAAUACUGUUCUGGAACACAUCUACAUGUACAGUAGAUGUUCCCAGUUAGGAUUGAAUGAAGGGAGCCAUAUCCAAGGAACCAAACCAAAACACAACGUUGUGUGUGAAUUGUAGUCUGGUUCCAGAUUUGUUAGUGCUGUUUUGUCAACUAAUAUUGUGACCAUAACCUUAGGAGUUGGCAAGAAAGCACUAACUGAUCUGGUACCAGUCUGGUGGAUAUGUUUGUAUGUAUGUAUCCCUGUGAUAGUAUGUCUCUUGUCUCUGUGUCUCUGUGUAGACAGUGCCGGGCUGAGGAGCUGCCGUUUGCAGACAGGUCAGUGGACCUGGUGACGGCCAUGUCUGCCUUCCACUGGUUUGACCGGCCGCGGUUCCUCCAGGAAGCCCACAGGAUCCUGAAGCCUAAAGGUUGCCUGGCUCUACUCAACUACACCAUGGACAUGGAGCUUCACUAUGGAGACUGCUACCACAACCUCAACACAGUCUGCAAGGAGGUCUGGAAGCUCUAUAAAAUAGAAUAAAAGUAUAUUAUCCAAACACAUAAUGAUAAGUCGAUCACAUACAAAAUUCAAAAAUUGGCCUUUUAUUUUAUUUUAUUUUUGAUCUCAUCAGUUUUAUGCUGCACUCCUGCCCUAUCGUAACCCGUGCCUGGGCCCCUGCUCUGUGGCUCUUUACAAAGAGUCCUACGAUUCCAUCCCCUACACAGAGAAAGAGUGGUGAGGCCUGAGCUCGGAUACAUCCACUGCCCUCGUUGCUAUUACCUAUGUACUUACAAGAAGUGUUUGAUUUGAUGUAUAAGAUGGGUUGAGUUUACUCUAAGGUAAUGCUAAUGCUGUGUUGUUAGGCAGGAGUGUAUGUUGGUGAAGAGGUCCAUGUCUCUGUCCAGCUACAUUGGUAUGAUAGAGUCCUUCUCCAGCUACCAGGCUCUACUAAAGAAAGACCCAGAGGAGGCCAGCAGACUGUCAACUGAUAUCACCCACAGGUUGGUCCCUGACACAAUCCCUAGUUGAUGCUGGUCAAAAAUGUAAAGGUAACAUUUCAUGUUACAUCUCACAUCCCUCCCUCCCCCUCUCUCAUUCUCUGUCUCUCCUCUCCAGACUGUUGGCUGUGAUGGGGGUGACCUCCCCAGAGACUGAGCUUGUGGUUGGAGUA